GCCACCUGUCAGUGCUCAUCAAUGCCACCUGUCAAUGCUCAUCAAUGCCACCUGCCAGUGCCCAUCAGUGCCAGAUCAAUGCCACAUAUCAGUGUCAACCAGUGCAUAUCAAUGCCACAUAUCAGUGCCCAUCUGAGCUCCCUUUCACUACCACCUAUCAGUGCCAGUCAGUGCCACUUAUCAAUGCCAGUCAGUGCUGCCAAUCAGUGCCAUGCCCAUCAGUGUCACCUGUCAGUGCCCAUCAGUACAGCCUAUCAGUGCCCAUCACUGCAGCCUCAUUAGCGCACAUCAGUGAAGGAGAAAAUCACUUAUUUACAGAA